AUGGCUGUCACCUCCUCGUCGUCCAUACCGCACGGCGCGCACCACCGGCGCGUGUGGUCGCUGAUCUGCUGCCGCAACCCCGCCACGCACUCGUUCUACGGCGACGAUACCGACACGGAGAGCAGCACGCGCGGAGAUGCGCAACCCGCAGCAGCGGGCGCGGAGAAGCCGGCGGAGCCAGCGCAGCAAGUGCGGGGAGACGACGAUGGAACUCCGCUACUAUCACUUAAGGGAAAGGCGGAAGGCGCAUGUAUCGGGGGUGCGUCGCGCGCGAGAUUAGCAGCAAGGGAGGUGGAGCCGUCGGUGACGUCAUUCGGCGUCCCGAUCGGCCAUAAUGUAGCAGGACUUACGUCAUCAUCCGACCUGUCCAGCAGCGUAUCCACGUCAGCACCACACUCCGCAUUUAGCGCCGCGGGUUCCCCUUUUCGAACGGGGGGUUCCGGUUACCGAGAAUCUGCCGCAUCUGCCGAUGCCACGUCACCGCCGGAAAUUAUGGACAUGUGGAAGAGCCUCGAAGCCCCGACGUCGCCUAAGAACGGUUCCGCCGCGCCUCGCAAAUUGCGCGCCGCGCAUUCCAGCGACGCCUCGUUUCUCCCUUCACACCGCGCGGCUGUGCGCGUGGAAGUUCCGCAUUCUCCGGCGCAUUUCUCGGAUUUCGCCGUUUCGCCAACAAACUCCGAGGCUGGCAUGCAACGAACUCCGGGCGGCACUUAUUUGUCGUUUUCUAGCGCCCUGUCUCCCCGCACUCUGCAAUGCGCCUACUCGCUACAAACCGGCGCGCUUAUCGUCACGCCCAGCCCCUCCAAUUGGGCGGCUAUUGGCGGAAACUGCGGGGUGCGGGAGGGAGAGAGGCCGCACACUUCGCCGGGGGGAACUCGGAAAACGGGGAGAAAUUUGGAGUGGGAGCACGAGGCGCGGCGAUGGGAAGAGGCGGAGCAGCAGCGGCUGCGCAUGGAGGGGGAGGUGCGCGGAAUGGUUGCGCACCUCAUGGGGGAACUGCGCGCGGUAAGGCGGGCGGCGCAACAGCUGGCGCAACCGCUUUGCGCGGAUGUGGCAGAAAGCCGCGGGGAGGAAGAGAUUGUGCUCGGCGGAGAGGGAAGAGCGGAAUGCGCGGGAGGCGCUGAAGGAUUGGCGGCGGUUUCGGCGGCAGCGCGCGCGGUUCGGCUGCUGGUGAAGAGCAGCGACGCGAAUCGCAGCAUCGUGGCGGCUGUGCCGGGCGCCAUUGGCGCGCUCGUGGGGGUGGCGGACGCGCUGCUGCUGGCGGAGAGCGCGCGGAUCCGGGGAGCUGAGGGGCGGAAAGCGCGCGGAGGAAACACAACAGGCGAGGCGGAGAGGAGCGAAGGGGAAAGGCCAUUUGGGGGGACAGCGCGGUCUCUAGGUGAGGCGGAGCGCGGAGAUCGGUCGGGGACAGUGGGCGGGAAAAGUGCAGCAGCCUGCGGGGCGAUGGUGGCGGGUAGAGCGGAGGCCGGGGAGGCCGAAACGGCGGAAAGGGCGGAGGCAGCGGAAGGGGGGGAGCAGGUGCGCAGGGCAGCGAGCGCUGAGAGCGCGCGGAGGGAGAGUGCGCGGAGGGAGAGUGCGCGGGAGGCAGUGGGGCACGCGGUGACCGCGCUGCUGAACCUGUCGCUGUCGCCCGCCACUCACGGCGCCUUGCUGGCCGAGGGCGCUGUGGACGCGCUCUCUCGCCUCGUGGCUCGCCCCUGCUGCCCUCGUGGCCGUGAUGACAGCAGUGGUGGUGAUGGUGAUGGAGAGGGGGGAGGGGGAGACGGGUGCCAAGGGUCCCGCACAGGAGAGGAGGGGGCGUGCACAGCGAGUGAAGAUGGGUCAGUAGGAUCAGUGGGGGCAGCAAAUUGGGGCGGGGUGCUGUCAGUGGUGUCGCAGGAGGCACGGGAGAAUGCAGCUGCCGCCCUAUUCAUGCUCACCUCCACCGCUCUGAAUCCCUUUGGAUGCGACCUGGACGCAAUGCGGCGGCGGGUGGCGGCCACUGCAGGCGCCAUCGUCGGCCUGGUCCACAUGCUGCCGCCCUCGCCCGCCCUCUCCCUGCGUGGCCGCAAGGACGCCGCCCUCACGCUCUUCAACCUCUCCCUCUGCGCCGACCUCGUGCCGUCCAUCAUCGCGGCCGGCGCCGUUUGUCCUUUAGUGCGGAUGCUGGAGGAGGAGGAGGGGGGGAUGCGGCUGGGCCUGGAGGAGAAAGCAGCAGCCGUGCUGGCACGGCUGGCGCAGGUCAAGGAGGGCAGCAGGCAGAUCGUUGCCGCCGGUGGUAUACCACCGCUGGUGGAGCUGCUAGGGGCGAGCUGCACGGCGCUGGGGGUAUCCCCAUCCAUGGCUUCUCUGGCAGAGCUGAGUGCCGUGUCAGAGGAAGGGGCAGGAGGGGGAGGAGGGGGGAGUAUGGGAAGCAGCGCAGGGGAGCAGCAGCGGUGGAGGAGGGUGCAGAAGGAUGUGGGGGCGGUACUGUUGAGAGUGGUGGAGGAGGAGGGUGCACGGCAGGAGAUGCUGGAGGAGGGUGCGCUGCUGGUGCUGCGCAAGAUGAGGCAUCGCGGGUCGUCAAGAGCCCGACUCAUGGCUAACCAGUUGCUGGAUGGACUGCAAAGCAAGACCGCACAUUAG